GCAGUGCCCCCCAUUUUCUUCUGUCAUUCUUCCCACACUCAUUUCGCUCUUCGCCCACCGUCCCUUCCCUCCACUCCGCCCGCACUCCGGUAAAUCUCUGAAUCGAAUCCUAAUCGUGAAGCCACUGAAGAGGGCAGGAAAAUUUGACGGAGAGGGGCCAUAUUGGUCAUGAUCACAUGCUUCUCGGCGCACAGUAGGUAGCACCAUGAUCAACACAACCAACGGCAUGAUGUCACCGUCUUCCUCCUCAGCGACUAACAACGCGCAAUCUCCUGGUCUCAAGACCUACUUCAAAACCCCAGAAGGCCGUUACAAGCUUCACUAUGAGAAGACCCAUCCUGCUGGUCUUCUUCACUACGGCCAUGGUAAAACCGUUACUCAGGUAACCCUAGCGCAUCUCAAGGAUAAGCCGGUGUCAGCAUCCCCGCCGGCUCCACCUUCUAGCUAUAGCACUGGCGGUGGAGUGAGAUCAGCGGCAGCCAGAUUCUUAGGCGGCAGCAAUGGGAGCCGAGCCCUUAGUUUUGUCGGAGGGAAUGGUGGCAGUAAGAGUGUCAGUGGAAAUGGUAGGAUAGGGUCAAUUGGGGUUUCUAGUUUGAGUAAUCCGACAGGUACUUCCAAUUUUGAUGGGAAAGGGACUUACUUGAUUUUCAAUGUUGGGGAUGCGAUAUUUAUCUGUGAUUUGAAUACGCAAGAUAAGGAUCCCAUAAAGUCUAUACAUUUUAGUAAUUCGAAUCCUGUUUGUCAUGCAUUUGACCCGGAUGCUAAGGAUGGACAUGAUUUGCUUAUUGGGUUGAAUUCUGGAGAUGUCUACUCAGUGUCAUUGAGGCAGCAAUUACUAGAUCUUGGGAAGAAGCUUGUUGGGGCCCAGCAUUAUAACAAAGAUGGUUGUGUUAAUAGCAGCCGUUGUACUAGCAUUGCAUGGGUCCCUGAUGGUGAUGGUGCUUUCGUUGUUGCUCAUGCUGAUGGAAAUUUGUACGUGUAUGAGAAGUGCAAAGAAGGUGCAGGUGAUUCAUCAUUUCCUGUUAUCAAGGAUCAAACUCAAUUUUCUGUUGCACAUGCGCGUUAUAGUAAGAGUAACCCAAUUGCCAGAUGGCAUAUUUGCCCAGGUUCAAUUAAUGGUGUUACUUUCUCAACUGAUGGAGCCUAUAUUGCAACAGUCGGAAGAGAUGGUUAUCUGAGAGUGUUUGACUUCUCAAGAGAACAACUUAUAUGUGGUGGCAAAAGCUAUUAUGGUGCUCUAUUAUGUUGUGCUUGGAGCGUGGAUGGAAAAUAUAUUUUGACUGGAGGUGAGGAUGAUCUAGUUCAAGUUUGGAGUAUGGAAGAUCGGAAGGUUGUGGCAUGGGGUGAGGGACACAACUCUUGGGUCAGUGGAGUGGCUUUUGAUCCAUUUUGGUCACCGCCAAAUUCAGAUGGCACGGGGGAAAAUAUUGUGUAUCGUUUUGGUUCUGUUGGUCAGGACACACAGUUACUUCUAUGGGACCUGGAAAUGGAUGAGAUUGUAGUGCCACUUCGCAGAUGUCCUGGUGGGUCCCCAACUUUCAGUACCGGAAGCCAAUCAUCCCAUUGGGACAAUGCAUGCCCAGUGGGUACUCUGCAACCGGCCCCAAGUAUCCGAGAUGUUCCGAAGCUAUCCCCACUUGUUGCUCAUCGUGUUCAUACCGAUCCCCUGUCCGGCUUGAUGUUUACUCAGGAAUCUGUCCUUACAGCCUGCCGAGAGGGGCACAUAAAGAUUUGGACGAGACCUGGGGUUGCUGAAAUCCAGUCAAGCAACUCUGAAGCCCUUUUAAGUACCAGUUCAAAGGACAAACAAUUAUUAUUAUCCGGAAAAGUUGGUGGUAAUAGUUACAAACAAAACAAUCAUCAGGUAUGAGGUGAAGCCAGUCUUUUUUCAUGGGGUUGUAACUUCCAUUUGGUAGAUGGACAUUCAUCUCCUCAUCUGGCUGGUUUCUUCAGGACCAGCUGUGUGUAGUUGUAAUUUGAUUGCAGAUGAUCUUAACCAACAAGAUUCCAUUUGUAUAUUUGGGGAUAAAAAUGCCUUUUGGCAGGACAUAGAGACUGGAGGAAUAGAGAACCCUCCUUGUAAGUACAAAACGGCCAUGGCUAGGAUACAUAUCUAUUGACCGUCGAUCAACAGGAAUAAUUGAAGUUGCUUUUUUGAAUUCUUUUA